UAUCCCUACACUAAACUAUCUUUACUCUAGUGUAUCGUGGCAGGCGCUAAAAUGAACGAUCCAGAGAAUCUCAAGGUAUGAGAGCCUCGGCUCUGCAAAUCAUCUUGAACGUCGCGAAUCCACUUAGAAUCUAUGUUUUCUCGUCGGAAUGACUCGAAUUCCUGAUCGAUCCGCUGGCCCAGAACAAGUCCGGACUUAUAUCAGACAGACCCUCACAUCCAAGCAUAAAACAGAGGAGAACUUUGCCGACGAGGCUGCCCGCUGCUGGCGAUUAGGGCGGGGCUCUGAGCUUCACGAUGCAACCUUAGAAUAUCUUCAGAAGGUAUUUGGAGUGGAUAUAGGGCUCUGUCUUUACAACAGUGUCCGUGAAGAUAAAGAAGACGCCUGGGAGCAGUCAUAUAUUGGAUUCAUCUGCAACUGGACACUCUACGGCUCCGCUGCGUUCUUACUUUGGUCUCUUAUAACAUAUUUCUUGGGACAUCGACCAAAUUUGUUUUUGCCAUUGCUACUCUUCGGCGCAACGCUAGCGAAUUAUGGUUAUCGACGACCUACACGCCACUAUUCGCUGCUAGCAAUGGGCAUUUUUAAUAUAUGUAUCUCGUUACUGACCAUCUUCUGAGUCUGUGGACUAUACUCGACAGUUAGAUAGUACGAAC